CUAAAAACGCAGAAAAUCCUAAGCCGAGAAUUCAAAGGAAACGAAAAGGAAAGGAAAGAGAUAAAACAAUGGUGAAGAUCUGCUGCAUUGGAGCUGGCUACGUUGGUGGGCCGACAAUGGCCAUGAUCGCCUACAAAUGCCCAGACGUCAAGGUCGUCGUCGUGGACAUCUCAACGGCCCGGAUUAAUGCCUGGAACAGCGAUCACCUGCCGAUCUUUGAGCCUGGCCUCGAUGAAGUCGUCAAGGCCUGCAGAGACAAGAACCUCUUCUUCUCCUCCGACGUAGAAGCCCAUGUCGCCGAUGCUGAGAUCAUCUUCGUCUCCGUCAACACCCCCACCAAGACCCGUGGCCUUGGUGCUGGCAAGGCCGCCGAUCUCACUUACUGGGAGUCAGCAGCACGCAUGAUCGCCGACGUAUCAAAAUCCGAUAAGAUCGUCGUCGAGAAAUCCACCGUCCCCGUCAAGACGGCGGAGGCAAUUGAGAGGAUCCUCACUCACAACAGCGGCGGCAUCAAUUUCCAGAUCCUCUCCAAUCCCGAAUUCCUCGCCGAGGGAACCGCCAUCGAGGAUCUCACCAGUCCAGAACGUGUCCUGAUCGGGGGUCGCGAGACCCCUGGCGGGAAGAAAGCCAUUGAAGCUCUCAAAGCCGUCUAUGCUCGCUGGGUCCCAGAUGAUCGGAUCAUUACGAUGAAUCUCUGGUCCGCCGAGCUGUCGAAGCUAGCAGCGAACGCCUUCCUGGCGCAGCGGAUCUCAUCGAUGAAUGCGAUUUCAGCCCUCUGCGAGGCGACUGGAGCAAACGUCUAUGAAGUGGCUUAUGCCAUUGGCAAGGAUUCACGAAUCGGGCACCGAUUCCUCAAUGCCAGUGUCGGGUUUGGCGGAUCUUGCUUUCAGAAAGACAUUCUCAAUCUGGUCUACAUCUGUGAAUGCAAUGGCCUAGCUGAGGUGGCUAAUUACUGGCGGCAGGUGGUUCAUAUCAACGAAUACCAGAAGAGUCGGUUCGUUAAUCGGGUCGUGUCGUCCAUGUUCAAUACCGUUUCUGGGAAGAAGAUCGCGAUCUUAGGGUUCGCGUUCAAGAAGGAUACGGGCGAUACUCGAGAGACGGCUGCGAUCGAUGUCUGCAAUGGAUUGGUAGGUGAUCAGGCCUUGCUCUCGAUCUACGAUCCUCGGGUGACUGAGGACCAGAUCAGGCGCGAUCUCGCGCUGAAUAAAUUCGAUUGGGACCACCCACAGCAUCUGAUGCCGAGUAGCCCAUCUGCGACAUUGAAGCAAGUGUCGGUGGUGAUGGACGCUUAUCAGGCGGCGAAAGGAGCCCAUGGGAUAUGUAUAAUGACGGAGUGGGAUGAGUUUAAGACGUUGGAUUAUCAGAAGAUCUUUAAUGGAAUGGAGAAGCCGGCGUUUGUUUUCGAUGGGCGGAAUGUGGUGAAUGUGGAGGAGCUGAGGAAGAUUGGGUUUGUUGUGUUUUCGAUUGGGAAACCAUUGGACCCGUGGCUAAAGGAUCUCAUGGCAGCUGCUUGAUGGAUUUGAAUGGCCCACCAAGACGGAGUAGUGUUUUCUUCCGUCUUUUUCACUGAUCCUGAGACAUUUCUUUGUUUUGAUUGAAUUGUUGGUUGUUGUUUCUUUUUGGGUGUGUUUGGUUGCACAAAAUA